UAGUACGGCAUUUUAUAUAAAGUAACAAUGUAUCAGCUGUGCUGCUUUAGUUUUUAUUUUUCUUGUCAUUUUAAUUUAUGGAAAUUACGCUUUUAUUCUGAAGGAUUGGGGGUCGGAAGUGUUUCGCUCUUGGUGCUCGCAGGAAACACCUCUCUGUUUCCUCUUUCACGAUUGAGUUUGUUCCCUCAAAGGUUUGUCAACUGAUCUAAAGUCAGUGAAAUGGCUUUGACCGGGGAUGGAAACCAGCUUUCCCUGCGAGGAGAGGAUCCUAACGUCGGAGGGAAGACGGACACAAGUGACUCCAGCCGGUUGGAGUCUUGUUUGGAUCAACCAAUGGAUUUGAGUGGUGUCCAUGAAGUCAUCAAUUAUUUGCCCUCCCCCCUGCCAGCCAAACAUUACGACGCCGACACCACCGAACCGAUCAGCUGUGGCCUUCAAUCUUUGGAGGAGCUGUUGUCAUGGAAACGAAGCGAGGCGAACCCCUUCAAUGUGGCGGCAGUCCCCCUGGCACCUCGGGAGCCUCCUCUUGCCAGAAGUCUCCGUCGCACCUUGGUGUCUCACGACAUGAUGGGAGGCUACCUGGAUGACAGGUUUGCUCAGGGGACAAGUGCAGAGGCCCCGUAUGCCUUCUACCACUGGCAAUACAUUGAUAUUUUCAACUACUUCACACACAACAUGGUGACUAUUCCUCCUGCUGUGUGGACCAAUGCAGCGCAUAAACAUGGAGUCGUUGUCCUCGGGUCGUUCAUCACAGAGUGGACCGACGGAGCCGCAGCGUGCGAGGCCUUCCUGAAAGAGGAGGAGUCGUACCGGGCGGUGGCUGACAAACUAGUCCAGAUCAGCCACUGUUACGGCUUCGAUGGCUGGCUCAUCAACAUAGAGAACUCCCUCAGUGAGGUUGCGGUGAAGAACGCGCUUUUGUUCCUGCACUAUCUGACGGACCAGUUGCACGAGCGGGUGCCUGGCAGCCUGGUGCUCUGGUACGACAGCGUGAUUGAGAACGGAAAGCUGACGUGGCAAAAUGAGCUCAACCAGUCAAACAGGAUGUUUUUCGACGCUUGUGAUGGUUUCUUCACCAACUACAACUGGACAGAGCAGAACCUGGAGUGGAUGAGGGACUACAGCGGGAUCCAAGGCCGCCAGGCUGACGUCUACAUCGGGGUGGACGUGUUCGCCCGAGGCAAGGUGGUGGGAGGAAUGCUGGAAACUAAUAAGGCGCUGGAAAUCAUUCGGAAGCACGGCUUCUCCACGGCCAUCUUUGCCCCAGGCUGGGUGUACGAGACCCUCAACGACAAGACCAAGUUCCGCAAGAAUCAGGACAAGUUCUGGGCUCUUCUGUCAGACUACCUGUACAUCCAUCGGCCAGCCUCGCCACUCCCCUUCAUCUCCUCCUUCUGCCAGGGUUUUGGGAAGGCUAUCUACUGGAGAGGACAGCGCGAGGCCAACAGGAGCUGGUUCAACCUGAGCGCCCAGGAGAUCCAACCCUUGUACUACUGCACAGAGCUGGAGGGCCAGGGCUGGCUGAGCAGCCGCGGCUGCCCAGAGGACGCCUGGAAUGGGGGCUGCUCACUGCUGCUGGACGGACUCAUCCCCGCCACGCACACGUCUCCAGUUUGUGCCAAGAUCUUGUCCCUCCACGUACCCCUGGCAUCCAAGACUCUGGUGACCCUCAUUUACAAGCCAUCCACCGGGAUCAAAGUGUCCCUGGAGAUGAAGACAACAGACGCCCGUCUUUGCACGCACAUGGACGUCCGGGAUGUCAAACCUAGCAGCGGGUCUCCUGUGGUACAGGAUGAGGGGCUCCAGUUGGUGAGCCAGUUCACUCAGCUGUGCGGCAACUCGAGUCCAGAUGGCUGGACUGUCGGGUGUUCCCAGCUGGAGCUUCGUGGCUGUGCUCUCAGAGAAGUUUGUCUCAGCAUCCAGCGGGACGGACCGCCGCAGGACACGCCAUUCAGCUGCAGGGUGGGGGAAAUCAUGCUUUUGGAUGUAGGUCUGCAGGUUCCCACUGAGCUGGUUCAGGGCUUGUGCAUCUACGACGUGGUGUGGCUGCGCGGUGCCGGCACCUCACCAGAGUCCCCCUCUCCCUGCCUGCACUUAAACGCCACCCUGCGCUGGAAGUACCUGACGGAGCUCGCGCGCCACUUCCGGGUGUACUGGCGACGGCUGAGAGGACCCGAUCCCAGGAUCCCCCCGGGUGAGCUCGUUUUGGUGGGCCGGGCGUACUCUAAUCUUUUCAGAGUGACGGAGCUGGUGGUGCCCGAACCGCCCGGCCUUCUGGAGCUGGUGGUGGAGCCGGUGAGCAGGAAGGGCCUCCUUGUCCCAGAGAGCCACUGGGGAAGAAGAAGCCUCAGCUACACAGAGGCAUUAACGCAAUGACCUAACAUAAAUGCUUACGUUAUGGUGCUGCAUUCAUGGCUCUGAUGUAAAAUUCAACAUUCACAAGUUGGAGCACUGAUAUGUUUUUGGCUUUGUGUUAAGAGACCGUUUUGGAAAGUCCCAGUGAAGGCUAUAAAACUGACAACUGUGUGGUUGGCAACUUUUAAAUCUGAAUGUCACAUUUUUAGAUUUAGGUGGAGGUGGCAAAGUGGAGCUAUUGACCAAAAAAACAUGAUGCUAAUCUGCUUGAGUUAUUGUGUCUUGCUUUGUUUCACUGACUUUAACCAAUCCCAGCUCCACAUACUGUGUUCUUGAGCUUCGAACCAGACCAUGCGCUUCUCAUCAGGGCUAUGAGUGCAUCAACAGAUCCAUCUCCAUGGCAACUGGGCAAAAAUCCAGAAAAACAACGAGCAAGAGGAUCUUCAGUUCCCUUAAUUACUUUAUCAAGACGGAGAUAAGAUUGACACCAGUAUAUCGAAUGUAUCAGGAGUCAGAGAUAUCACUUUUUGCACAGUCUCGCCAAAAGAGAUUUACUGAUCCAAAUAUACUAUUUCUUUC